AUGACUGUCAAACUGUUUGACCUGCAGGGACAGCUUCUCUCCGAGACCGGCUUCACCUUUGACCCCACAGGAAUGGGCAAGCCUGAGGCUCAAACAGUCAUGGUACAAAAGCAGUUUACUCCGAGGCAAGUUUUGGCUUUGGAGGCCAGGAGGAAGAUCCAGAAGCCCAGAGGGAAGAGCUGUGGCUACUACAUGAGGGUUGUCUUCUUCUUCUCCUCUCUGAUCCAGUCACUCAUCAUCGUCAGCCUGGUGCUCUUCCUGGUCUAUGGGAGCUCCCCAGACGCGGCGGCCGAGAGCCGGGUCCAGGACCUGGAGAAGAGCUUCAGCCGCCUCUCCAUUGACAACAUCAACCUCCGGCAGCAGGGAAAGAACCUGACGAAGCUCCUGAACGCCACCCUGACUGACAAGAUGCGCAACGACAGGUAUAUGAUGAGUCUGCGUCAAGUGGCAAACGGGUCUGGCAUGUUCAUCGCCAAUCUCAAAGGACUAGUGACUCAGUGUGAAAACGAUAAGGGAAGAUGUCAGAUUCAACUUAGAAUGAACCAAUGCUUCAGGGCCAUGCCACCAAAUGAAAACCAGGUMCAGCAGCUGGAGCAGUUGCUAAAGCUAGUGAGCUCCAACUUCAGUCAGACGGUGCAGUUCAUGAGGAUGGAGAUGGAGAACACAGCCAUGGACCGGGACACCCUGACCCUGGAGGCCAUCUCCCUCCAGARGGACAAGACCUUCCUGCAGAGACAACUGGAGGGCUACAGGAAGAAGUGCAAGSAGGACUUUGUCCAAUCUCUGGCCGGCAUCUCCGACGUCUCUAAAGCCUUCCUGUUGAAGAUCGACAACCUUCUGCCCAAUGUCAGCCCCUUCCUGCUCACCUGCGAGAAGCAGCUCCACCACCUGKACCAGAUCCGCAACAACUGCACCGGUCUGUCCCGCGAGGUGGAGAACAAGUUCCAGCAAUACCUGAACAAGGUGGGCUUUCAGAUGUCGGAGAUUGAGGGCUGCAGUGCCAGGCUGCAGGCGGAUAAAGACCAGCUGAAGGAGGUCUACGACUGGUGCAGCUACAACCGCAGUGSCAUGGCCCUGGAGCACCGCGAGAAGCUUCARAAGACCCAGGAGAAAUACGACCAAGAGACGGAGAGGCUGCUGAUGGACAGCAGAAGGCUGCAGGGGGACAAGGAGCUACAGGAGACGGGGAUGAAGGUGAAGGAGGGUGAGAUCAGCAUUCUCAAGGACAAGAUCAAUAACCUCAACACCUCACUGGUCAACUGUGGCUCCARGACUGGAAUGGGUAACCCAUGGAUGUUCAGACCAAAUCAGACUGGACCCUGGGGUAGCAGGCAUGGGAUGGGUGACCCUGGCUCAACUGGGAAUGGAUUUGGCGGGGCAGGGGCAAGCUCAAGAGGGUUUGAGUCCACUGGGAUGGGUUCAAAUCCAUUCGGUAGUGCAGGGGUAGGUGGGACAGGGACAGGUAACAAGCCAGGCUCAACUUUGUGGGCUACAGGUGGGUGGGGUUCCACAGGAAUGGGUAACACAGGGAUGGGUAACACAGGAAUGGGUAACACAGGAAUGGGUAACACAGGGAUGGGUAACACAGGAAUGGGUAACACAGGAAUGGGUAACACAGGGAUGGGUAACACAGGGAUGGGUAACACAGGAAUGGGUAACACAGGAAUGGGUAACACAGGGAUGGGCGGGGAAGGGUCGAGUGUAACAGGGCAAGGUAAAAGGGGGUCAACUGCUGGAACAGAAUUGGGUGCUGGAACUGGUGGGUGGGGUGCUUCUGCAACAGGAAACGGCAACACAGGAUUGGGUAACACAGGGAUGGGUAACACAGGAUUGGGUAGGUCCGGGUCAAGUGCUUCGUCAUCAUCAGGCGCCACAAGGAUGAACGGUUCAGGAAUGGACAGCUCGAACGGUUACAGUUCAGCACAUAUCAAUCAACACUUACGAGAGCUGCAGCAGUAUUCUAAUGCCGACKCCGGCUCAGAGUGAGUUCAUAUACCCUCUGGGUAUUUAAGUGAAUCUUAAAUAAAUGUAUUAAGUUCUGUUGCUAAGAAUGCCAAGAUUAGCAUCUUACUGGAACUUUUAAUUCAACAUGGCUGAGACAAAUGUUUAUUAUG